AUGGAUACAAAUACCACUAAAGAAGGGGAAGGGAAGGCCAUGUUGAUGACUAAAAAUAAGUUUCCGUUCGGCCUUAGGGUUUUGCUGGUCGACGAUGACCGGACAAGUCUCCAAGUAUGGGGAAGAAUGCUUCAGGCUUGUGGCUAUCAAGUUACCAAAUGCUUGAGAGCGGAGGAUGCUUUAGUUAUGCUUCGUUCCUACAGAAGCAGAUUUGAUAUUCUUAUAAGUGACCUACACAUGCCUGGUAUGGAUGGAUUUAAGCUUCUUCAAAUCAUUGGAUUAGAGAUGGCCGAUUUGCCUGUUAUAGUGAUCUCAUCGGAUGAUGACUAUAACACUAUUCAGAAAGGUCUUAUCAAUGGAGCUUGCGAUUUUCUAGUGAAGCCUAUCCCAAUGGAAGCUCUAAAAAUGGUGUGGAAAUAUGUGGUUUGCAAGAGAAGAAUGAAGUUGGAAGAAGUGCAGAAGCAGCAGCAGCAGCAGCUAUGGAAUGUGGGACACUACUACGGUGAUGUGCAUUUGAGGCUGCCAUAUAGAGAUCAUCAACACAAUCUAUUACCCCUAAAUGAAGGUAUUAAAAGAUUGAAAAGGGGAACGGAUGGUGAUGAAGAUGAAUGCAAGGCCUCUGGUGAUCAUGAUCAUGUGGUUGGAGCAAAAAAAUCACGGAUGAUUUGGACAGCGGAUCUUCAUCAUAAGUUUGUGGCAAUUGUGAAUGAACUAGGCCUUAAAAGGGCUGUCCCCAAGAAAAUUUUGGAACGCAUGCAAGCAAUGGGGGUCCCAAACCUUACAAGAGAAAAGGUUGCCAGCCAUCUUCAGAAAUACCGUAUAUAUCUUCAAAAACAGAAAGACGAUGCCCUGCAAAAAACAGAUCAACAUUUGGCGCCACUCAGGCGUCCUCAAGAAAUUCCUCCUCUUGGACCCCCUCCUCCACAUACAUUUAAUCAUCAUGCACAGAUGAUGAACACAUAUCCAAAUCAUCAGCUAGAUUUGUUAACACAAUUCCAACGAGCUCGAACAGUGAGGAGCAUCAUCAGAAGCUCUCAACUUAACAAUAUUGUAACUACUCAUGAAGAAUUUCAGAAUUUACCAGUGCCUGUUGAAGCCCACCAUGGACAGAACAAGCCUUUGACAACAACCCAGAUGGCUGAUGAUCAAACUCCGACGAGCGAGCAGAUAUGGAAUGAGAUCAAGGGAGCAGAUCAUGUGGCUGCCAAGGAAAUCGAUGGCUCAACAUGCACCACAAAAUCUGAAUUGCCGGGGCUUCAUGAUAUUGCUCCUCGUCCUCCUCCUCCUCUUCACGAUACUUCUGGAGAUUUUAGUUUCUUCUUCAAAAAUAAUGCUCUUCGGAGAUCUUCUGGAGAUUGUGGGUUGCUCUUGAAUGAAUAUACGCUUUUCCGGGAUAAUUCUGAAGAUUAUAGUUCCCUCUGGAAUGAGAUUUGCCCUCCUUCCCAAGGAUAAUGCUAGCUUCCAUGUACGUCGGAGAUGGUUUUGCCCUCAUUAAUUGUUACUCCCAAACAAUAUUGUUAAUUUGAUCACUUCUUUUGAUCUGGUUAGUGACAAUGCAUAUAUAUACUAGUGAUCGAUGUGUAAUAUUUUAUCUAUAUAAUUUUUAAACUUGUUUUCAUAGUUUAGAAGAUAACAUAUAAACAAAUAUCAAAUAUGACAGUCUAAAAUAAAAAUUAAUAACAUCGGCCGGCCGGUAGUGGUUCAAAACUUCAAAUGAAUGAGCUGGCCCAAUAGUAUUUUGACACACAAUUUAAGGGAUUACAGGAGACGGCAGUUUUUGAGGCAAUUCAGUGAAUGGCUGCCUGGAGAAACUCCUACUGCAACUGUAAAAGAAACUAAAAGCCACAACAGGAAGGUUAUAUAUAUGUACAAAAGUAUGUCCAACCUAAGCAAGGUUGCAAGUUCGGCCAAGCUGGGAUUAUCAGGUUUUGUACCUGUCAAAACUCUUGAUAAAUGUCAGAGCAUUUGGCCAAAUUAAAACCAAUUUUUCAUCACUAUUGUCCAAGGAACUGAGGUUUGGGCAGUCUGUUGUUUGUUGUUUAAGUUCAGAGGUGCAAUCAGGAGCCUUGCCUGACUCUAAGCUAAUUAAUCUAUUGCCACCACACAAAAGAUUCUGCAAAGAAGCUUAUUUUGGCCUGAAUAUCUUAAUAUACUCAAAACUUUUCAUGAAGUGUCGUUUAUUGUUCAAACAACACUUU